AUGAAAGAUGAAUACUCCGAUAUUCUGCAAAGAAUAGCCACUAUUUCACCGAAUAACAUAAGCAAUUUGGGAGUUGACGACUUUGCUGAUGUAUCACCCACGCAUAUGCCUUCCCUGCCGAAUAUUAAUAACUUUAUGGUAAAUACGAACAUGUCGAGUGCUGAACUGUUGGAUUUUGAUGCUUCUCAAAAUGACUCUGCACACUUUUCAACUAAUAAUGGCGCUACAAAUGGAUCUGAGCAAACCCUUAAAGAAAUUUCGAUAUGUGUGGAGGGAAACGCAUUGGAUGAUGUUAUGAAUCGCUUGAAUGCAUUGUCUAACGAAUUUGAAAUAUAUAAAUCCGAAACGACCAUAGUAUUGAACGAGCUUGUAGAUGGGUAUGAAAUUCGUAAUAGCCAAGUGAGAGAUAAUCAACUUGCCCAAGAAAACGACUUAUUAAAAAAAGCAAAUAUGGCACUUAAAUCUGACGUACGUAAACUUGAAUGUCUAUUGUCCGAAACCAGUUCUAAAUUAGUAGCUGCGGAAAGCGAAAAAGCUAGUCUCGUGACGGUUAUUCGGUUAAUGAAUGAGGAUUGUGCUAAUGCUGUUAAAGAUGUAGGGGACAACGUUCGCAGUCAAACGACUCAACCAAGAAAUCCAUGGUGUACGGUUCAUACAAGAAGUGAGAAUCAAAAAGGUAACAAGGUUACAAGGCUGCACAACCAGUUCUCGUCUUUAGAGGACGAGGCAAAUGAACUAAACAAUAACAGUGACUUUGAUGCUUCCGUAAUUAAUAUUGAUUCUGAUAUACAACAACCAACACCUAGUCAAAAUAUGUCUGAGAGUACAAGUAAAUCUACAGAGCCCAAGGAUGACAGAACGCAAGGUACAAGUGGUAACAGUGUCGAGUACCAAAGAAAGGUAUUGCACUUAUUGGGGAUUCAAUAAUCAAAAAUGUUAGUCCGGUAAAACUCUCAAAAAGGAAAGUUUAUAAAUUCACAUAUCCAGGUAAAACAACUAUAGAAAUAACUAAUGAGCUUGCCAAAAUUAAUAUUAAACCGGAGCCGUCUCAUGUUGUUAUUCACGCAGGGACAAAUGAUGUCCCUGUUGAAUCUAUAGACGAAUGUGUUGGUAACAUGGAAAAACUUAUUACAACAGCUAAACAGAAAUUCCCUAAUUCUAAAAUUGGAAUUUCUGGACUUACAUUGAGACAGGAUAGUGAUUUAAUAUCAAAAAUAGAAGAAAUUAAUGAGAAAGUUCAGAGUUUGUCAUCUAAGCAUGAUGUGACAUUUAUAAGUAAUAUGUCAAUAGAUGAGACAUGUUUGAACUCUAGUGGCCUGCAUCUAAAUGCAAAGGGGACUGCCAUACUAGCUACACAUUUUAUUAAGUUCCUUAGGGAUGGGCAAUCCUUAAGUUCACUGCGCCCACAAAAACAUUCCCGUCAGGAUUUUCCAAAGAACACGAUAAACCAUCUGGCAGAACUACUAAAUGCGAUAAUGAACGUGAACAAGUAAAUUGUCAAGAUGUGCCAAGCAAUUCUUUAUUAGGCAUAGAUAGUGAAAUUAACAUAAUCGCCAAAAGUAAAGGUUUGAAGAUAGCCAACUUAAAUGUAAAUAGCUUAAUGAAACAUCUGGAUGAAAUUCACUUAAUCCUUAACAAUAACGCCCUUGACAUUCUUGCAAUUAAUGAGUCCAAAAUUGAUAAUCAGAUUUCAAAUAAUGAGAUACAUAUUGAUGGUUUUAAUAUAAUUCGUAAAGAUCGAAAUAGGUUUGGUGGUGGUGUGGUUCUAUAUGUUCGCCAAAACAUAUCAUUCUCAGAUAGAAUUGAUCUAAUCCCUGAUGAACUUGAGAUGGUCUGCAUUGAAUUAAGUUUACCCUACAAUAAAUCACUGCUAAUAAGCACAUGGUAUAGACCACCAAAUUCUCUUAUGAAUAAAUUUGAUUACUGGGCAAGCUUUUUAGCAAAAUGUGAUAAUGAAGAUAAGAAGCUAAUCCUCAUAGGAGAUCUAAAUUGUGAUGUCAGUAAAACUAUACCUGACCCUCACACAUGUAAGUUGCAAUUUUUAUGUUCUCUGUAUCAGAUAGACCAACUUAUUAAAGAAUCUACAAGGCUAACUCCUAAAUCAGCUACACUAAUUGAUUUAAUAUUAACAAAUAGACCAGAAAAUAUUUCCAGAUCAGGUGUCAUUCAACUGGGAAUUUCAGAUCACAGCCUUGUCUACGCUGUGAGAAAAUUUACACUACCGAAUGGAAGGCAAAAAAUUCGUCCGGUUCGUAACUUUAAAAACUUUGUCGAAAAUGAUUUCAUUCGGGAUGUGUCUCAAUUGCCUUGGGAGAUGGUCUAUCAGUUUGGAGAUCCCAAUUUAUGUUGGCAAGUCUGGAAAUCACUAUUAUUAGAUGCACUUAAUAGACAUGCCCCUCUGCGCCACAAGCGAAUAAGGAAUAACCCUGUCCCAUGGAUUAAUCCUCAAAUUAAAGAACUUAUGAGAAAAAGGGACUAUCACAAAAAAAAAGGCCAUAAAAUAUGAUUCGGAGUCACAGUGGGAAUUGUAUAAAACACUACGUAAUGAAGUAAAUAUAAACAUGCGGAAAGCAAAAUCUAAGUACUUUUGUGAUAAAAUCCAGGCAAGCUCUCAAAUGGGAGACAAAGUGGAUGGGCUUGGAUAAAUUCGCUCUUAGGAAGAAAGCAUAAGAAUACAAAUAUUAAUGAACUGAAAGUAAAUGAUGAUAUUAUUUCUGAUGAUAAAUCUAUUACUGAAACAUUAAAUGAAUAUUUUAUAAAUAUUGGAAUGAAGAUGGCUGCUGAAUCAGCAUGUCAAAACACUGAUGCUUUAAAUGAUCAAGUAAUUUAUGAAAGUACUGUGCUUCUUCCUAAAGAAAAUUUUCACUUCGCAGAUAUUACUAUAGAUAGUGUUUCCAAACGCCUACAAAAACUAAAUGUCUCAAAAGCGACAGGUAUGGAUGGAAUACCUGCGAAUAUUUUAAAACUGACAUCAACCCUUAUUGCUCCAUCUAUAACUUUUAUAUUUAACCCAUCGAUUAGAACUGGUAUUUAUAUAGAUGAGUGGAAAUUGGCUAGAGUUAUACCAAUUUACAAAUCUGAGGAUAAGC